AGCAGGAGGGAGAGACGGAGGAAAAGUUAGUCAAGAUGGCAAAUCCCACCGACCUGGAGUGAAGGGGCACCGCUCCCCCUAAAAUAAAAAAACGACACCGCCUGUCGGCCUUCCUGAGACAAAGCCAACGAUGCAAACUGCGCUACAAGGCCCCAAAGGGGUUCCCUUAAGAACUUGCCUGUGAUGCAGAAGCUGAUAAGAUGUCCUGCAAGGUGGGAAGCUGACUCAUCAAAUAUCAAUUCCACUCUGGGUGAGUAAUUUCCUGAGGGCAGCUCAUAAACAGUCAAGGAGCAUCACAGGACGACCGAAUUUGAAGGAUUACUUUGUGGGUCAACUCUUUUUGGCACCAAACGAGACGGCUGUCUUGCUGCCGCCGAAGCAAAGAAUGUCCUCCUGCAGCUUCAGCUGAACACACCCAACAUACAGAAAUCCCUUCAUCAGCGGUAAAAAGAUCAUUGGUGGACAUUUUAAGGCAAGGUUUCUCUGUGCCUUGGACCUCCCCCAGUCAGCAUCCUCGCUUCCAGACCAUGAUGUUUCGCGAUCAGGUGGGCGUGCUUGCCAGCUGGUUCAAAGGGUGGAAUGAGUGCGAGCAAACGGUGGCACUGCUGUCUUUGCUGAAGAGGGUGAGCCGGACCCAGGCUCGUUUUCUGCAGCUCUGUCUGGAACAUUCCCUCGCGGACUGCACGGAACUGCAGGUUCUAGAAGCAGAUGCCAACAAUCCAGAGGCCAUCAGCCAGUGGCAAGGCGAGACAAAAGAACAAGUCAUCUCACUUGUCCUCACCCAUUUGCCACUACUCAAACCAGGCAACGUAGAAGCCAAAGGAGAGUACAUGCGCCUGCUACCGCGCAUCCUUGCUCACACUAUUGAGCAUGGCCGUCACCUGGAAGAGUCUCGCCAACUCUUAUCGUACGCCCUCAUCCACCCUGCCACUUCCCUAGAGGACCGUGCCGCAUUGGCUCUGUGGCUCAACCACCUGGAGGAGAGGGCCGCCGCAAGGGGAGACUCACUGGAAAGGCCAUCUCCGCAUAAUCGUCAAUCCACUCCGCCGUCCACCCUUACAUCAUCAGGAUCCUCCACCAACAGUUCUUCUUCAGUUAACCUGUACUCUUCGCACCACCACCAGCGGUAUGGGUCAGACGAUCGCCUAAAUGGGUGGCAGAACUCCAGGGAUUCAGGAUUGGGUGGAGGCUGGCAACAACAGGGAUGUGAGAAUGGGCACCUGCCUCUUUACCCAUCAUCCUCUGUACCAGCAACCAUCAACACAGUUGGAACUGGUGGAAGUAGUAACGCAAUCCUAACAAGUGGCAAUCAGCAGCACAGUCCUCUGAAGCGCUCUGUGUCGCUCACGCCUCCAAUAAGUGGCCAAAGCAACCAUCCAAUGGGUCCUGUCUGGUUGUCCCAGGAAGAUCUACGUAGUAGCAGAGGCCCAGCCCCCGAUCACGCACCCCUGUCCCCUCAAAGCAGUAUCGCUUCCUCAGGCAGCGGAGGAAGUGAACAUCUGGAAGAGACCAAUUUAGGAGGGGGUUCAAGUCUGCAUCGCAGUUCCUUUCAUGAAGAGGGCAGCGGCAUGAGGGAUGUUCCCUCUUGGCUGAAGAGUCUCCGUCUCCAUAAGUAUGCGGUGCUGUUUUCCACGAUGACCUAUGAUGAAAUGAUGUCACUUACAGAAGAACAACUGGAAGCACAGAAAGUCACCAAAGGAGCAAGACACAAGAUUGUUAUCAGCAUCCAAAAACUCAAAGACAGACAAAACCUGCUGCGCAGCCUCGAAAAGGACGUAUUAGAAGGCAGUAAUCUGCGUGUGCCCUUGCAAGAACUCCACAAUAUCAUCAUAACGCCAAUCAAGGCCCUCAGUGGUGGCGAAGACACGUCCUUGCAGCGCUCUCCUCUGAACCCAGAAGCCAAGAGCGCUGCGCCUGGAUCCCACCUUGCUGGAGGAAGUGGAGAAGUGGAUGCAUACUCCAGUGUCAUUGCAGAGGGCGAUAUACCCAGCCAGUUUAUUCGUGUCAUGGGCAAAGUUUGCACUCAACUACUGGUGUCGAGGUCAGACGAAGACAACAUCAGUUCCUACCUACAACUCAUUGACCGGUGCCUAAUACAUGAGUCCUUUAGCGAGACUCAGAAGAAGAGGCUGUUGUCAUGGAAACAACAGGUCCAGAGGCUGUUCCGGGCCAUUCCGAGAAAAACACUCCUUGACAUCGCUGGUUAUCGACCGCAGAGAAGCAGUCGUGGAUUCGGUCAGUCCAACUCUCUUCCCACCACAAGCUGUGCUGGGAGCAGUGUGAUGGCCAGAAGAAGCCUUCGGCAAUUCCAGGUUCCCUCUCGGAGCUUACCAGGUGUAAGGCUGGGCCUGCUGGGCAGCGGAGGCCUGCUGGGACCUACACCUCGUAGCAGCAGCAGCACACCCACAGGCCUCAAGCAAGGGAAACAGGGGCUGUGGUUUGCCAAUCCCGGAGGCAGCAACAGUAUGCCCAGUCGAACCCACAGCUCAGUGCAACGGACACGCUCCCUGCCAGUUCACACAACGCCGCAAACUAUGGUCAUGUUCCAACAAGCUGAUCUACAGCUGCCGGCUACAGAGCCAGACAUCAACAAUCGCCUCGAAUCAUUAUGUCUGAGCAUGACAGAACAUGCCUUGGGAGAUGGUGCUGAUCGAACUUCAACAAUAUGAAAUGACGGCCACAACCGUGUACGUAGCUUCACAAGGCCCUCUCACAACAAGUCACUCCGAGGUCACCUGCCCUGCGGCGCCCUCUUCCUGUAGCCAAAGGUAGAGCUCAACCAAGAAACAUUUGCCAUCACAUCGGCUGCAUUGACGGGGUUGGAAAACACACCGACUGCUGUGACCGACAACUUGUCACCUGCGAAUGCAGCUGGCAAACAACAGAGAGAAAGAGAGAGCAGGUCUGAGCGGCGCGUGUGUGUGUGUAAACAGCGCCCUCUCAGGAGAUCAGAAGCACUACAACAGACAGAUCAGUGGAGAUGCUGGGCUGUGGAUCAGGCCCAGUUCCUGCCAACAUUCUGGUCCCCAUACAUUUAACUAGGUUUGGAAAGGCUCUUGUUUCGGUUACUUUGUUUACACAAUGAUGCUACUUUCAAAAGGGUACAGAAACAAAAGGUAGGAAUGAUCAAUUCUGUAAAGCCUUGGCCGUCUACCAGCUUUACGUCCCAUGGAGUAGCCAUCGCGCUAGUUUACAACCUGACGUGCUUAUUAUCCUUUAUUAUAUUUAUCCACGCCAAUGAAGAGGGAGAAGAGGAUGGUGAGAAGCAAGGGGGAAAAAGGAGAAGAAGGUAGAAGGGAAUGGACCAAGAGUAAGAAUCCUGGAACAGGAAGCGGAUGUUUGAAGGAGAAAAAACAUCAGAGGCGGGACCUUUUGAUGUCCUUAAAAUGACGGAGGGAGAGGACGUCACGUGGAAUCGUGUUAGUUUGUUCUGUGAGUGGAAGAGGAAGUUACGUAUAGUUUAUCUUGAGCGUGUAUUGUAUGAACUCUGAAUUGAGAGCAUUAGUCUUUCGCACGUAUAUAAGUGGGAGUACAUACAGCUGAAUUACCAAUGGGAUUUAUUGUAUGCAUGUUCACAUACUGGGAUUAAUUUGGGGGGGGGCUUGUAAAACAGGGGCGAUUUAAGCUGCAAAUCAUAACUUUCUUACAGGAAAACGAGCAGAAAUCCGAGACCGGCUGUGUCUCAACUCUUACGCAGUCAAUGCUAAAUAUAAGUAUGGAAAUGCUUGAAUUGACACAGAGCCUUUAAACUAGUCAGUCCAUGAAGGGUUACGUCCCAGAGAUUGUUUGACUGGAGAAACUGCCCCCUACUGGCACUAAUGCUGGCACACAAGUCACCUGACCACACUACAGAAACUGUUGGUGGUUCAGUGUGCAUGAAGCUGGUACCUAACCUCCUCUCAACAUAGGCUGACACUUUAUUUGACUUUGUCAUUAAUAAUUGAUCCCCCCAUUUAUUGUAUCCGGAAUGCAGACUAUUAGUUUUCUAUGGUGUGAUUUGAUAGCAUUGCCAUUAUUUAGCUUCUUUAGUUUAUUUGCAAUUGUACUUCCUUCCUAACCUGCACUUGACAUGAUAAUGUGACACGGUAACUUAGUACAAAGUUAUUAAUAUGCUGAUUAGCUGUUAUUAGAAACACACCCAGUGGUGAUUUUCAUUCAAGUCUUCCAGCAGAGAUGUUCCAUUCCUUUUUGGUGUCCAUCAACUGUGCUGAAUAUACAGUUUAAGGACCAAACCGGUUUUUGGAUGUUGGAGCCUCCUUAGUUUGGAUCUGCUAAAUAACUACAACCGAAGUGCUCUUUAGGGUGGUCAUCUUUCAUAUGCUGUGAAAUAUGGGUGAAAGUCAAACAAUUUGAAUAUCAUGCAAAGGUUAGUUUAUUCUAGCAAUUAGAUUUAAAAGGUGAAUCUAAUAUAUGAAAGACUUAUAACAUGCAACUCUAUAUUUCAAGCCUUUGGAUAUAAUAUUGAUAAUUAUGACUAACAGUUUAUGAAAACAUUGAAUUAAAAAAAUCUCAGAAAAUGUGGGUUUUUUAUAAAUCGUCAACUGGGAUCCUCAAAAUUAUAACAAAUAAAGGCUUGACAUAUCUAACUUUCCAGGUAAUUGGUUUAUAUUACAAAAUAUUUUUUAACAUUUGAAUAUGAAUUGCUUACAUGAAUGGACUUGAAGACGAAUACGCACGUGCGUUUAAGAUGUGCCGUGAGAAGUGCAUUGUGGGAUUUCCCUUAAGGGGACUAAACAUGCAGAAAAUGCUGACAUGCCAGUAAGUCCAUGUGAGGCCACACUGUCAGCUUCAGUGAUGGAAAACAGAGCUGUGUCUCAAUUGGCGCACUUCCGUACCUACACUGUCUUUUUGACAGCAAUAUCUUGUCACUUCCUGGUGCACAAUGAUGGUAUUUAGCACACUCUAUACGUAGCAGCAGGGAAGUAACUAACUUGAAAUAAUGGCGACUGAGGAGCAGCUCUUAGUCCCUUAUGUGACAUGUACCUGAUUUUUUUUUCAUGUCAUGUGAAAAACUAGGAUUCUGCUGGAUAAAAAUCAUAUAUGUGUCCAGUGCAACUACAGCCUGAAUGAUCGGGUAGCAUUCAUCUGACCCAUACAUCAUCAAAAAGCAACAAAUGUCGUAGUUCUUCACCAGAAAAGACUAUUGUAAAAAGAAAGACUAAAUGAAUGAGCACAAAGCAGGCAAAAAGAAAGAUGUUUUAAAACACACCUCAAUGUUUCACCACUUCUGAUGACCCACAAACUGCUGGAGACAAAAUAAUUGUUCACUUCCUUCUUAACCUCCUACUCAAAAUAAUUUAGUUCAGAAAAUAUUGACUCAAAUUGCACACAAUCCGGGAAGUUGCAACAAAUGUACCAAGAGUGAGAUCUACCAGAAUUGGAGCUUUCUAUUUACACACAGCAUAUUAUCUAUAUGAAAGACUACAUAAAAAGAUCGGAUUCAAUAAGAAAUCCAAAAUUGUGCCUCAUACCCUGUAGUGUGAACAUAGCCAAAUAAAAGGAAGAGUGAACAGAAGAAGUGGGUGAAUAUUAUGAUUGCCAUUUCCAAUAAUUUUACACAGAUUUGCUAAGAGUGUACACAGUAUACUAAUUGAAGUGUACAGACAGUUUUCAUUAGCAGAAUUGAAUCGUAUGAAUAAUGAAACCAUUUCUGGAAGAAAUAAUACAAAUCCAAUUCAUCUGUUUACAAGCACCCAAAAAGUGGUAAUGCCAAACACAUUUGAUAAAGAAUAAUCAUAGUUUUACGUGCAGAAAAUAAAUGGGUUGUACUUGUAUAGCGCUUUUCUACCUUCAAGGUACUCAAAGCGCUUUGACACUACUUCCACAUUUACCCAUUCACGCACACAUUCACACACUGAUGGAGGGAGCUGCCAUGCAAGGCGCUUACCAGCACCCAUCAGGAGCAAGGGUGAAGUGUCUUGCUCAGGACACAACGGUUGUGACGAGGUUGGUACUAGGUGGGGAUUGAACCAGGAACCCUCGGGUUGCCACCUUUCCACUGCGCCACGCCGUCCCCAAAUGCCCCAAACAAUGUCAAAAAAAUAUAAAUGAUGAAUGAAAUAGAUCAAUUAAAUUUAACAAUACUUUAACGUUUGAGUACUUGUUUGUGAAGUCAGCCAUAAGAGGCGGGAAAGAGAAAGGUAUCUUUGUACAUCGCUACAAAUUAUUUUUUUAAUUCAAUAUUUUUUCAUACAUUUCUUAUCAAAUUGUUUUUACUCGCAACUUUUGUCGACCCCAUGGUGUCUUAUUUUGCAGGCGCACCAUCGUUUUUUUGGCACUACAUUGUUCGGAAUGAUACUCGAGGGAAUAGACUAUUUUGUUAAAAGCAAUGUUUGGCUGCAUGAUGGUUUAUGAAAAUCUGAGGCCAAAUUUAGUCAGAAUGAAUCCUAUAAAAAGUGGAGCGUAUGGUAUUGGAGAUGUUAUUUGUUUUCCUUUUGAGACACAGCCUGUGUACAAUGUUUUUGUCCACACACUACUUUGUUAAAGAGUCGUGUUUGCUGCACAUUUAGAUUACAUAUUCUUCUUUUUGUUGCAUUAAGAACUCUUCAGUUCGUCAUCUCCAUGACAUGAGUGUGACCUAUGACCCUAGUUCGGGCUUACUUAGCGCUACAGUGUGUGUGUGUGUGUGUGUGCGCGUGCGUGCGUGCGUGCAGGAAGCAGCAUGAGGAUCCCAAUGUCCCUUGCCAUGUGUUUCAGUUCUUAUAGAAUAUACUCUUAUUUAUUCUGUGUUAUUCUUCAUGAGGCCACAGAGGUCAUGCUUUUACUCGGUUUAAGUGUAUUAUUGUUAUUAUUUAAAGUACCAUAUGUAUUAACAAGUUAUGGCUGGUGACCAUACAAACAUCUCAAAUAUUAACCGUUGUUUUUGCCGUUUAUUUGUACUUCGAUGGAUGUUUUUUUUGCUCUAUAAUCAUUCAGUAUAAUUUCUCAUGUGAAGCUAUAUGCAGGAAGCGGUCCACUAAGCACACAUCCAAUAAGUAUAUAAAAGUUCGGUCACACGAGUCAAGGCGGGAAUAAUUAUGACAGUUGGGGCUACUCUCACAGAACACUUUAGAAACUCCAAAAUCCUUUCCAUAAAGCAACAUUUUACCCCCCCCUACUUUUUCAGCAAAAUAUUCUGUUCCAUAUCAUGUAUUCACAGUACCAUUCUUAACUGUAGGGAUGAAUCUGAAAAUAGUGACAAUAAAAUGUCAGAUUUUUAUUUUUGUUCCUGUUCUGUUUAGCAGCUUAGUCGUGUUUAAUGUACAUAAGUAACACUCCUGUUGUGAUCGUGUUGACUUCGUUUUAGAUUUAUUACAUGGUUUAAGAGGGGACAGACAGUGGGAGGAGAGAGAAAUUGAAGUUACGGCAUUAUCAAACGUUCAUUAUCACACAAGAAACAACGUAAAUUCCCGAUGUCCAUGUGUGCUGCUGUGCUGAGUCGUGCAUUUUACAAAACCACACUCUAUUGACAGCAGAAGUUUUUACUCAUACAAUGUACAAAUUUGAAGCAGGUUGUGCUUAUAUUGAUAGGAUGGUAAUCAUUUUGGCAAUGAUUACUGAUGGGUGUGUGUCAUAAUAGUCCUCCACUAUCUGCUGAAAUUUAAAAAAAGAAACAUCACCACAUUAUACCUGCAUAUACAAUUAAUAGUUAGAAAAUAUAAAUGUUUAGGGUUUUUUUAUGAAUAGCUGCACAAAACGAAAUAUAAAACGUGCAACUCUGGCCGGUGAGCCAAUAGCAAACUGAAAAAAAAAAAUAAGUUAUUAACUACAGGAUCAAAGUUAUCUCACAUUUUAGAAUGUGUUUCCUUUUUCUUAGUUCCAUUUAGAUCAGGCCUGGGCAAAUAUUUUGACUCAGGGUGCCAAAUUUAGAGACAAAAAUGUCUCUGGGUGCCGGUUUAUCUAUUUUUAGGAACAUUAAUACAAGUUAAAGUUAAAGUACCAAUGAUUGUCACACACACACAACUAGGUGUGGUGGUGAAAUUUGUCCUGUGAAUUUGACCCAUCCCCUUGACCACACCCUGAGAAGUGGGCAGCAGCGGUGGCACGCCCGGGAAUCAUUUAUGGUGAUUUAACCCCCAAUUCCAACCUUUAUGCUGAGAGCCAAGCAUCGAGGUAAUGGGUCCCAUUUUUUUAUAGUCUCUGGUAUGACUCAGCGGGGGUUUGAACUCACAACCCACCGAUCUCAGGGCGGACACUCUAACCACUAGGCCAACCUCGCAAUAAUGUCAGAUCGAAUGCUAAAAACGUUAUGACAGACCGCCUUAAAAAAGGGAAUGCAAUUUUACAUUUUUUUACUGAAUGGGACACCCGGAAUGUACAUGAAAAUAAAGAAUGUGGGAUUUACAAUAUUAACUAUGAAUGAUAAAACGCUGAAUAUUCACAACAUAUGAACGUAACACCUCCUCUCCACAUAUUUUACAAUUAAACGAAACACAACAAAAAUGCAUCAAACAGCGAGACAGGAACGCAAAUGGUAAAAAAAAAAAUAAAAAAAAAAUCUAAAGUCUGAUAUAUGUGAAUAUAUUGUAAAAAUCUCCUUCUGCAUCUGUCCCUGUCACUCCGCAUCUGUCCCUGUCACCCGCAUUUCAGGCUCAGGAAACACACUAUGGAAACGCUCCCCACCCACACUGCUUGGUGCCUCGUCUGAGCUGCUGUGACUUACAUUACCAAAGUAACUAAUUAGAUUACCAUAGUAACUCAAUAGAUUACCAUAGUAACUUGUAUAUCAAGCAAAAGCGCAUAUUCCAACCAUUGAAAUACUUGGUAUAGUUGAAGACUUACGAUCAUUAUAAAACAUGAGUGCACAUCAUAAUGGCAGCUACACUUUACAUCUUAAAGAUCUUAAAAAAACUAUUUGGGACUGUCCGGCGGGCCAGAUUGAAAAGCUUAACAGGCCGCAUGUGGCCCCCGGGUCUUAUAUUGCCCAGGUCUGAUUUAGAUUUAAUGAUGGCGACGAAAACCGACGUCAAACGCGACACACCACUCUUCUGACUUGCUUUGGUAAAAGCUGCUGAAAGAAGCAUUUCCUCAAACAUGUUGGCGCUUCACAGUCAAACGACACACCAGCUGUAUUGGCCCCGUUUUUUUUUUUAAAGUGACACAAACGCGGGGGCAUGGAGGGACACAGUAUCACUCCUUGUGUUACACAAGGCAUCCAUGCUUCCGUAUGGUUUCACCCAUCACUGGUUGUGCUUGUACUCUUUCCUCUUAACUGAAAUGAUUACGGUCUGUUAAAAACAAAGUUGGUGGCAUUGGGGAUAAGGUUAGCUUGUGUGUUUGUUUGCCAGUAGAAAAGCACCAUUGUUGUUGAGUCAGACAUUGUGCUCAGCUGCCUAGACAAAUAGGUGUGUACCAAACGACCAGGUGUCUUAUGCAUAAGAGAGACUGCGGUGUUAAGUACAGUUUUCUUCUUUAUUGAAGUCAACGCUGCCGAGAUAGACGUUUAUUCUGCUUAGUGAUAUCAACUUCCGCUUUUAAGACCAUUACUAAACUUAAAACCGUACCUUUUUUUUUUUAUCUGCAGUAGUCUCGCCAGAUUUGCUUUGUUUUUAUGCAACAUUUUGUUCCAACAGUAUAUGUGUAGGUUUUAAACUCCAGACAUAUACAGUAGGGCAAGUAAGAAUUUGAUCCACUUUUAUGGUAGGUUUAUUGUACUGUAACAAUCUAUCACGUAAUAAAGGUUGUACCGUAUUUUCCGGACUAUAGCGCACCGAGAUAUAUUUAUAUAUAUAUAAGCCGCACCCACAAAAUUUUAGGAAAAUAAAAUAUUUUUCCAUAUAUAUUAGCCUCACCAGACUAUAAGCUGCAGAUAUAUAUGUUGUGAAAUGAGUUAUUUACACAGGAAGAAUUUUGUAAAUGUUUAGUUACAUACUUUGUUUCCAAUUGGCUAUUUAAACAAAACAGAAGUCAUUGUCAUGGAACCACUAGCUGCAGAAGCUAUCCAUCUCCAAACAGCUUAACAGACUAACAAAGACACUAGUAAACAUGUUAGCAUAAUAGCUAAAACUAUCGUGGCUGGCUUGAUUACAUUACGAUAGCACGUACAAACAUACAUGAAAACACUCCAACAUACAUCACACAUGGCACGGUUUAGUAAGUAUGAAUAGUUUUAGUUGUAUGGUAAAACUUACAAACGUUGCUUGGAGUGAUGAAUGACUAAUCACUACAAGUAGAAACGCUAUUGGACGACUAGAAGAUGGAACGGCACUUGUACUUCCAGUUGAAAGCAUCUAAACCAGGGGUCGGUCGGGAACCUUUUUGGCUGAGAGAGCCAUGAAAGCCAAAUAUUUCAAAAUGUAUUUCCGUGAGAGCCAUAUAAUAUUUUUUAACACUGAUUACAACUAAAUAUGUGCAUUUUUAAGUCAGACCAACAUUUUUAGAGUAUAAUAAGUCUCUUAUUCUUUUUAAUAACAUUGUUAUUCUAAAGUUAACCAAUAAUAAAUAUAAUACCUCUUACCAUUGAUGCGACAUCUUGAACAGGUGCGAUAGAAAUCAAAUGGUUGGAUUAAAAUGCAUGAGAAUGUUUUAUAAUUUGAAUGUUAUUUUUAACACUGUGAUUACCAGCGGAAUUAUUAACUUAUCGUGUUAAGCAAUGUCAGCUAAGAUUUAUCUGAGACCCAGAUGCAGUCAUCAAAAGAGCCACAUCUGACUCUAGAGCCAUUGGUUCCCUACCCCUGAUCUAAACAGAAAAUAAUAUUGUAGACAUUCAAUCCGCAGCACCUGCGGUGAGCAAACUCGUCCAAAAGAUAGCACAAACAAUAACUCAGCUUUUCAGUGUCUGUUGAAUUCAAAACAUGAGCCGUGAGCGAAGAAAAAGCCAUAAAUUAGCCAAACCAUUUUAUAAGCUGUAGGGUUCAACGCGUAGCAAUAAAAUCUUAUAGUCCAGAAUUUACAGUAAAUUAAUUUGUAUUUUGCCAGUAAGAAUUCUGACCCCCUCAAACAAGGACAUGCCCAUGUAGUACAGAAUAGUAAACGAAAACAAAACCCUAGUAGUGGAUCAAAUAAUCAUCUUCCUCACUGUAUUUGCUGUUUUGUAUUGUUAGAUCUGUCUUAGAUUCUGUUUUUUCCAUUUAAUUCAGUAACACAUUUAUAGCUUUACUGUGUUCUUUUACUUCAUGCAGUUUUGUUUUAUUCAAAGAGCCGAUGUCCUGUAUUGACUGCAGGCUUGCGUAUAGGAGUAAAAUAAAAAAUAUUGUUGUUUAAUAUAAAGGAAAAUACCUACACAAAAGUGCAGAAAAUUGGGGAAAAUGGGGGAAAAAAGUAAUUUAUAUUUCAAAGCUGUGUGCAGAAGGCUGAAAAAGUCAUAUUUAGAAUAACAAAUGGCAGUGCCUUUUUUUUCUACUCAAGACAUUUACCCUUUAUGUAAAUGUUUUUGUUUUAAAUUGACUUUUAAGACAGAAAUCUUACAGGUGGAAACCAGUGACGGCAGUGCCGGGGCUCGUUCACACGGCAGCUCGCAUUUUUUGUUCUUUAAACAACAAGUUGACAGUGAACAUGUUAUUGUAACAAAAUAGCGCAACGUAGGAAGAGGCUGAAUUUUGAUUGGCCAAGUGCAAGUGAUCAAAGCACUGAGCCUCGCCGUAUGAACGCAGCUGUUCCACCGUCGUCACUUUGUGGCCCUCCUGCUCUAUGAAUGUGUACAGUAUGAAUACAUGCUAAUGUUUUUUAUUUUCUUGCUGUCAUUUGUUGAGACGUACCAGAAUGCUGUGACUUGGCAUGCUCUGUUAUCUAUAAAAAAAAAAGUUGUAAAUCCUGCAGUUUGUGUGUGAGAUUGUGUAACACUCUCAGCAGUGAGCGGCUGUACAGUAUGACAUUAAACUUCAAUACUUCAUUGGACGUGCAGAUGCCGAAAAAUUGCAAUCCUUUUUGUGUGCACUUAUUUUUCGGAUUAUGAGUCGCAGUUUUUUUCAUAGUUUGGCCGUGGGCGCGACAUAUACUUCGGAGCGACUAAUGUGUGAAAUUAUUAACACAUUACCGUAAAAUAUCAAAUAUUAUUUAUUAUUUAUCUCAUUCGCGGAAGAGACGAAGAAAAUGUCAGCAAUCGUCACAAGAAUAAGAAUUGGCAGAAGUGCGUUGUGGGUCAUGGGAUGCUAACUGCUAUAUGCUACUGCCAGAGCUAUUCAAAUGGAUCACAUCAACGUUGGCGGUAACUUAUAAAAACUGAGAAGGGCUGAACAAAAAUGGCACCGAAAAGGAAAUCAUGUACUGCAGAUCACAAGCUGGACGUAGUGAAAUAUGCAGCAGAAAACGACAAGAGGAAGCGGCGCAUCUCUUUGGAGUUGGCAGAGUUGUUUAGAAGCGACAUAGAGGAAGAAGAUUUCAUGGGAUUUAGCGAUUAGGAGUGAGAGAUUGUUUGGUAAACAUAUAGCAUGUUCUAUAUGUUAUAGUUAUUUGAAUGACUCUUAACAUAAUAUGUUACGUUAACAUACCAGGCAUCUUCUCAGUUGGUUAUUUAUGCCUCAUAUAACGUACACUUAUUCAGCCUGUUGUUCACUAUUCUUUAUUUAUUUUAAAUUUCCUUUCAAAUAUCUAUUCUUGGUGUUGGAAUUUAUCAAAUAAAUUUCCCCCAAAAAUGCGAUUUAUACUCCAGUGCGACGUAUAUAUGUUUUUUUCCUUCUUUAUUAUGCAUUUUUGGCCGGUGCGACAUAUACUCCGGAACGAUUUAUAAUCCAAAAAAUAAGGUACUUUGUAAGCAUUUUAGCUCUUAAAAAUAUAAUCGCUGUGGCGUCUAAAUACUCGCAAAAUAUGUCCCUUCGGCUAUGUCUUCUUAUUCUCUGGCAGACCAAGUGCGUGUGAGAGUGUGUUAAGAAGCAGUUAUGAUGCCAUCUACUUACCGUGAAGGGGCAGUAACGACAAGCUGCAUUCACAGAGUCCCAUUAUAAAAUGCUCAUAGGUGGUGCCUAAUCUAUUUACGCUACGUUGCUACAAAUAAAUUAACAUACGAGAAAUACUGGAAUUUAUUUCCGAAUGUUGUUCUAUUGGCAAGUAUGCAUAUUUUAAACAACAAAACAAAGAAUUGGAACCAUUUUUUAUAAGAUUUCUAAUAUUUGUGAUUUAAAGUGUUAUGUGUUUUUCAAAGAUUCACAAGAAAUUGAUGCAAUAGCUCCACAUUUUCUUUGUGUCCACACAUUUUAGUGACAUCCUGUGGGUUGUUUUGACGACACACACCUUUUGAAAACAGAUCUCAAAGUGUAGCUUUUUAAAAACAAUAAAGUUAUUUUUAUACUGGA